AUGGCACGCAAGAGAACAACCGAAGCCGACGAGGGUGACUCUCCGAGCAAGAGACUGAGCCAAAAACGCUCCCGCCAGCAAUUGCAGGGCGAAGUCAACGAGGAGCCCGUGAACGGCAGCCCCUCGAAGCGGAGGCGUCAAGCUGCACCUGUCGACCCAUACGAAAUACCCUCUGACAACGAUGACGACGAGGAGAAAGAACCGGAACCGGAACCUGAGAAGCAAACCCCAAAGAAGCGACGGGGCCGCCCGCCCAAGUCCGCAACUCCAUUAGCCAACGGCGCCGUCACACCCUCGAAGCUGCGACAGGUGAACGCUUUGGUGACACCCUCAAAGGCCAUAACGCCGAGGAGGAGACAGGCGGCAGAUCGCUCUGCACGGCGGAAGAGCGCUCGGUCCCUCAUACAGAGCGUCGUCGCCGACGAUAGCGAAGACGACGACGAGGGCUUGGCCCAGGAGAUCUACGAAUCCAGCGAAGACGAAGACGAGAGGCCAGAUGAACGAGACACAGCACCAGCGGAGACCACACAACCCUCUGAGCCAGAAACACCAUCCGCGACGCCCUCCCGCCGCCGUGGUCGCCCGCGCAAACAACCGCCUCCGAAAUCCCCGACCCCUCCCCGCGACCUUCCUCCUCACGAGAUCUACUUCGAGCACAACAAGCCCGGCCGCGCAAAGACGUCGCAUAACACCCUCGCGUCUCUUGACUUCCUCACGCACGACGAGUACUUUGACCUCCUCCGUGCCCGCGAGGAGCCGCACGCCGAGGAUCUCGUCUACCUGCAGUCCCUCCAUGAGGCCUCGUUCGAGCAGUGGCGCUUCGAGCUCGCCCAGGGGUUCAGUCUGUGUCUCUACGGUCAGGGGUCGAAGCGCGACCUUGCGGGCAAGCUAGCGGAGCACCUGUACGCGCUGGACCCAAAGGCGCCCAUCGUGGUAGUGAACGGCUACGUCCGCACCGUGACGCCGCGUGACGUCUUCACCACCUUGGCCUCGGCACUCAGCCCGUCCCUCAAACUGCCCGCCCAGCCAACGGCAAUGGUCCAGACCCUGUCCUCCGCCCUCGCGGCCUCGCCUUCUCACUUAACGCUCCUCUCCCAACUUGCCGCCCACCCGCGCAUCCGCCUUGUCGCAACGGCCGACACGCCCUCUUUCCCGCUGCUCUGGGACGCCGCCCAGCGCACGUCCUUCAACUUCCUCUUCCACGACUGCACCACCCUCCAGCCCCUGGAUGUCGAGCUCGACCCCGUCGACGACGUGCACGAGCUGCUCGGCCGCAAGGCUCGCCGCGUCAACGGCAAGGACGGUGUUGUCUUUGUCCUGCGCUCGCUGCCCGAGAAUGCCAAGAAGCUGUUCGAGCUGCUUGUCAUCGAGGUCCUGUCCGCCAUGGACGACGGCGAGCAGCAGUUCGGGGCGGAGAACCCGGGCGUGGAGUACCGUAUGGUGUACAACAAGGCCGUCGAGGACUUUAUUUGCAGUUCCGAGAUGGCCUUCCGGACGUUGCUAAAGGAGUACGUAUAUCUCAUCCCAACUGACGUGACAUUGGUUGACAAGCGCAGGUUUCACGACCAUCAGAUCAUCACCAGCAGGAAGGACGCGCUCGGUACGGAACUGCUCAGUAUCCCAUUCGGGCGGGAGGAGCUCGAGGCCAUUCUCGAGGACUUGAUGUCAUGA